AUGACUGUCAAUGGAGAGACGGAGUACCCGCCGCAGGCGGACCUUCGGACGAUGAUGAAUGAACAACCAGUCCCCUUACUUGCUCCGGGGCUGGUAGACCCGGCUUCCAUGGCUGGAAAACAAGCAACUAUUAAGGCGAAUGCCUUAUUGGAUCGCUUCAAUGUUGCUCUGGCGAAUCGCGAUGCAGAUAAGCUGGCUGGUUGCUUCUACACGAGCCAGGCGUAUUGGAAAGACAUCUUGGCUUUGACAUAUCACUUGCGUACUUUCAGCACCCCGGGGGUCAUAGCCGCGGCGCUACUCAAGACCAAUAAAUUACGACAGAUCGAGAAUGGCAUUUCGAUCGACGGUGCGGCGAUUUUCCUUCCCGCUACACCAGUCCUUGUAAGUGCAAUGGCACACGCGUAUAGGGAUUCAAGAAUGAUAGGUCUGAUCUAG